AUGCAAGCUAGCGUCGGUCUCGAACUCAUCAGCUCAAGCUGGACUCACUCCAUCCACAGCCACAAGUCUUCCAUCAGCUCCCAGCCAACCCUGGCCGAGGACGACCGCCACAACCGCUCCUCAUCAUCUCUAUCCGAUCUCGAAGACGAAUCAGAACCCCCAGUCGAAUACUCCGACGCCCCCGUACAUGCCGAGGGCGUACCCCAAUCCAAUACCAAACUAUUCGCAAAGAACUAUCGCACCCGUGAAUUUUGUGACAGCCUAUUCGAACUCCUGCGCUCUCAGCUCAAGCUACCCGGAUGGUCAACGCUCUCUGAUCAACACAAGCCAUCUAUCACCAUCUCCAAAGUCAGCGGCAGUCUCACCAACGCCGUCUUCUUUGUCUCUUGUCCGCCACCCGACCCAGCCAGUCAGCCUCAAUCGAACACCCAACUACCCCACCAAACAUCACCACCCACUGUCCUCUUGCGAAUCUAUGGGCCAUCCUCCGGCACGCUGAUCUCUCGCAAGGAGGAACUCCAUCUGCUGCAUACCUUGUCCGCUAAAUACGGCAUCGGACCCCUGCUACUCGGCACAUUUGAUAACGGUAGAGUCGAACAGUUCUUCAAAUCUCGACCUCUGACCAAGGAAGAGGUGAGAGACCCUCAGAUCAGUACUUGGAUCGCCCGAAAGAUGUCUGAACUUCACUCAGUUGACCUCUCUACCGUCAUCGACUCCGAUCAUGACCCCCGAAAUCAAUCUCAAUCAAGCUGUCGAGCCAACUCACUCAGUAGCGAUAGCAAAUGGAUGCCAGCUGCCAUCAAUUCCCCCUCCAUGAACCACUCAGCUAGCCCCCUUACUACACCUCAACUGCGCUCCUUAAACUACAGUAACUCUACUCGUGAAGGUCAAAAGUCACUCAGCAUGGCCGUCGGCUCGAAAUCAGCCAAAGCCGGUGUCUGGAAUAACAUCACCCGUUGGCAACACGAAGCCACCAAGGUGUUUGUGGACAUCACCAAAGCGCUCGAGAAACUGGGAAUUCAACCACUCCUUCCCACGACAGACGAAGAAGAAGAUCCCCUCGAACGAUUCAGAGCUACGCCUUUCCCCCUCUCAUCCCCUCAAGCGCUCGCCGAGUUCGUCAAGAUCGUCGAUUUGCCCCGUCUCAUCCUCGAAAUGAAAGCCUACCGUGCCUGGAUCUAUAACCACGAGAGGAUCAACGGCAAAAGCCCCAGGAUCUUUAGCCACAAUGAUACCCAGUGUGGGAAUCUGUUGUUGCGUCAAGAUGACGAUCCUUUGCUAAGAGAGCAGCCUCAAGAUCAGAUCAUGGUAAUUGAUUUUGAAUAUGCUUCGGCGAAUCCCCGAGGUUUUGAUAUUGCCAAUCAUUUUCAUGAGUGGUGUGCAGAUUACCACCACCCCACACACUCAUACUCCCUGACCAGGCACGGAAAUUAUCCGACGUAUCCUGAGCGAAAGAGGUUCUAUCGAGCAUACCUAGGGAUCGACUGUGAAUACAGCAAAACUAACUCGACCGUCAAAGAAGAAGAUCCGUCUGAAUCGAGCCCCAAGUCGUAUAUCAAGCGAUUCAAAGACUGUGAGAUCAGCGAGCUUAACUUGGACGAGCCGAGUGACUUGGCGACGCCCACGAAAGCGAGCUUUGUGUCAAAGGGCGGCCACGGUGGGAUAGUCGAGAAGGAGGAGGACGGAGAAGUGACGAGCUUGGAGCAAGACGUCAGCCUCUGGAGCCCCGCCUCGCAUGCCAUGUGGGCCCUCUGGGGCCUCGUCCAGGCGAGAGACGACCUCAAAGUCCAGCUCGAUCGCUGGCUCUCUCUCCCGACCCUGUCCCUUGCUAAUCCGUCCACCGACGAGUUCGAGUUCGACUACUUCUCCUACUCCGCUGAGAGGAUCAUCCUCUUUCGCAGACUCCUGGCCCAGCUCGCCCCCCCUCUCGUCGUCUGA